UGGUCGCCAGCAUGGCCAGAAGGGCCUUGAAACUUGUCUCUCUGGCAGCAGCCAGCUCUGGUUUCUACCUGUACAGCAGCAAGUACCUGGAUCCCAAUGAUUUUGGAGCUGUUCGGGUGGGCAGAGCCAUUGCCACAACAGCUGUUAUCACCUAUGACUACCUCACUUCUCUCCGGAGUGUCCCGUAUGGAUCACAGGAGUAUGCCUACCUCAAAUCACAGGUGCAUCUGCGCUCUGCGGAACGCCUCCGGGACCUGUGCUGUGCCAACAGAGGCACCUUCAUCAAAGUGGGACAGCAUCUGGGGGCACUCGACUACCUUCUGCCUGAGGAAUACACUCGCACCCUGAAGGUACUACACAGCCAGGCCCCACAGAGCAGCAUGCAGGAGAUUGAACAAGUGAUCCGUGAGGACCUGGGCAAAGAGAUCAAAGAGCUCUUUGUGAGUUUUGAGGACACUCCCCUGGGAGCAGCAUCCCUGGCCCAGGUCCACAAGGCGGUGCUGCAGGAUGGGAGGACAGUGGCAGUGAAAGUCCAGCACCCGAAGGUUCAGGCUCAGUGCUCCAAGGACAUUUUGUUGAUGGAGAUUCUCCUGCUGACCGUGAAGCAGAUCUUCCCAGACUUUGAGUUCAUGUGGCUGGUGGAUGAAGCUAAGAAGAAUUUGCCCCUGGAGUUGGACUUCCUCAAUGAGGGGAGGAAUGCAGAAAAGGUGGCCCACAUGCUCAAGGACUUUGACUUCCUGAAGGUCCCUAGGAUCUACUGGGAGCUGUCAACCAGGCGCGUCCUUCUCAUGGAGUUUGUGGAAGGUGGGCAGGUGAAUGACAGGGCCUAUAUGGAGAGGAACAGCAUCGACGUCAAUGAGAUCUCUCGCAAUCUGGGGAAGAUGUACAGUGAAAUGAUCUUUGUGAAUGGCUUCGUACACUGUGACCCGCACCCGGGCAACGUGCUCGUGAGGAAGUGCCCAGCCACCGGCAAGGCCCACAUUAUAUUGCUGGACCAUGGGCUCUACCAGGUCCUGACAGAGAAGUUCCGCUUGGACUAUUGCCGGCUCUGGCAGUCCCUGAUCAAGGCUGAUAUGAAGAGGGUGCAGAAGUACAGCCGACGGCUAGGGGCAGGUGACCUGUACCCACUCUUUGCAUGCAUGCUCACCGCCAGGUCCUGGGACUCUGUCAACAGGGGCAUCGACCGGUCACCGGUCACAGCCAAUGAGGACGUGGAGAUCCGGACCAAUGCUGCUGCUUACCUACCUCAGAUCAACCAGCUCCUCAACAACGUGCCCCGCCAGAUGCUGCUGCUGCUGAAGACCAAUGAUUUGCUAAGGGGGAUUGAGUCAGCCCUACACACACGGGCCAGUGCCAGCUCCUUCCUCAACAUGUCUCGCUGCUGCAUUAGAGCCGUCUCCACGUAUCAGAGGAGCAAGUCUCACUCCCUGUACAGAAAGGCCAAGAUCUCUCUCUUAGAAGCUCUGAGCCUGUGGCAGAUCAACUUAUAUGAACUCUUCCUGCGGCUGAAGGGGUCCCGGCUGGGGAACUGGGUCAUUGCUUUCCUGAGCCGGAUGCACCAUUCUCCGUACUGA